GGAGGAGCGUCGCAAGCCACUCCAGUCCAGGAUGCUCUGAUGAGGGCCUCUCCCUCCAUCCAGGAUGUGGCUUAUCUGCCACGCCGGACGUCGGCGGGGCCCGCGAAAGGACCGUCCUUUGGACGCCAUUGCCUCCUGAUCCUAUAUAGCCGUCGUCGUCAUCAUCCUAUCCCCCCGCCAGCCUCCCGUAUUUGACAUGCGUGAGUGCCUCGGCUUCCUCCAGUAGUCCAGUGUCCAGCCCCUCAUCCCUCCGCUCCGGUCCGCACAGCACAAGGGAGCAGCCGGCAGCAGCACAGUGCUGCGGCAAAGCUAAGAUGGCAGACUACGUGUAUGGCCCCGGGCGGAACCACCUGUUCGUUCCGGGCCCGGUGAACAUCCCGGACCCCGUGAUCCGCGCCAUGAACCGGCAGAACGAGGACUACCGCUCGCCGGCGAUCCCGGCGCUCACCAAGGUCCUCCUCGAGGACGUGAAGAGGAUCUUCAAAACCACCACCGGCACGCCGUUCCUGAUCCCGACCACCGGCACCGGCGCGUGGGAGAGCGCGCUGACCAACACGCUGUCCCCGGGCGACCGCAUCGUCUCGUUCCUCAUCGGGCAGUUCAGCCUGCUGUGGAUCGACCAGCAGCAGCGCCUGGGCUUCGACGUGGACGUGGUGGAGAGCGACUGGGGCCACGGCGCCGACCUCGACGCGCUGGAGCGGAAGCUCCGCGACGACACCCUCCACACCAUCAAGGCCGUCGCCAUCGUGCACAACGAGACGGCCACGGGCGUCACCAACGACCUCGCCGCCGUGCGCACGCUGCUGGACGCGUACGCCCACCCGGCGCUGCUGCUGGUGGACGGCGUGUCGUCCAUCUGCGCGCUGGACUUCCGCAUGGACGAGUGGGGCGUCGACGUCGCGCUCACGGGGUCGCAGAAGGCGCUGUCGAUGCCGACAGGGAUGGGCAUCGUGUGCGCUAGCUCCAAGGCGCUGGAGGCCAGCAAGGCGGCGAGGUCCGUGCGCGUCUUCUUCGACUGGAAGGACUACCUCAGGUUCUACGAGAUGGGCACGUACUGGCCAUACACGCCAUCCAUCCAGCUCCUCUACGGACUCCGCACCGCGCUCGACCUCAUCUUCGAGGAAGGGCUCGACAAUGUCGUCAAGAGGCACAAUCGUCUUGGAACAGCCACCAGGUUCGCCGUGGAGGCGUGGGGGCUCAAGAACUGCUGCCAGAAGGAGGAGUGUUUCAGUGACACGGUCACCGCCGUCGUCGUGCCGCCAUACAUCGACAGCGCCGAGAUCGUCAAGCACGCGUGGAAGCGGUACAACCUCAGCCUUGGCCUCGGCCUUAACAAGGUCGCCGGGAAGGUCUUCAGGAUCGGCCAUCUCGGCAACCUCAACGAGCUGCAACUCCUGGGAUGCCUGAGCGGUGUGGAGAUGGUGCUCAAGGACGUGGGGUACCCGGUGAAGCUCGGCAGUGGAGUGGCGGCCGCGGCGGCGUACCUGUCGAAUUCCACGCCUCUGAUCCCGUCCAGGAUCUGAAAACAAGGCACGACAGCACAAAGAAGGCCGGCGGCCGGCGACGACGACUACGACGACGAAUGGACUGCGGACAGACAAAUAAACGAACAAAAUGUGCAGACAUCUCCGCCUCUGCUGCCUUUGCAGAGCAUCUGCUUGCCUGCAGUAACGAACUAGUAUUGGCUAUACUCUCUGUAUGUACAGUUAAUUUCCACACUCAGCUGUUGGUCUGUUGCUACCGGGUAUAAUUUUGUGAAGUACAGCUUUAAUUAAACUUCGAAGUAGUCUCCAUGUAUAGCCCUGCCCAGAUUUAACUAUAUUUGAUCAUAGUAGCAAUCAA